GUUCUAAUAAUAAUGGGUCUAAGGUCACUUGCUCAGGCCAAACAGAAGCUGCAAAGGACCCUCUCCCCAAGAAUCAACAGAGCUGUUGUUUCAAGGGCAUCGACUGAUCAUGUUCCAAAAGGCCAUUUUGCUGUUUAUGUUGGGAAAUCAAAUAAGAGGUUUGUGAUCCCAAUAACCUAUUUGAGCCAUCCAAUGUUUCAGGAAUUGUUGCAUUGGGCAGAGGAAGAAUUUGGCUUCGACCAUCCCAUGGGAGGACUAACCAUCCCUUGCAGUGAGGAUUACUUUGUUAGCCUCACUUCUAUGUUGAGUUCUUCUUCUUCAUGAAAUCAAUCUACAAGUGCAUUUUCUUCACUUUUUUUUGUUUCUUUGAU